UAAUGAUCAAUAGACGAAUAUACCCAUUCAUCACAAAGAAUUUGGGAGCCAACUAUAAAGUCAGAGCUUCAAGAGAAGCUCCGAGGCUGUACCAAACCAGGACUAACGAACCUAUCAAAGAUAUGAUCUACUUCCCUGCCCAGAAGAAGCCGAUUCGGGGCCCAGUAAAGCCUGUUACCAAGAACCGGAACUUUAAGAGACUGAGGAAGCAUAAAACAGUAGCCAGAAUUCAAUCUAAGAACCUGAAUAAAUCAGACGUAAUAAUUAGGAACAAUAAACAUUUUAAAAAGAUCAAUGCUGCUGAUCUUGAGCUUGAUCCAGACAAGACUCUAAGCAGACGUGCCUUUUCAAAUCCUCGUAAUGAUGUCCGUCUGAAAAGAAGGAAGAACUCAAAGGUAUUCAGUGCAUACGCCAAGCCUAAAAAUACUAAUAAAUCAUCAAAGAGGAAGCUCUCUCCAAAGCAGCCUGAUUUAUCCCAGUAUGAUUAUCGUAGGAACAAAUGACACUUAUUGCUAAGUAGUGGGCUUCGGGAGGCUAAGCUGUUUGAAGAUAAACAGAGCGGAGAGAUCACUAUGAAAAACACAAAAUAACACUAGCUACCUUCAGAAAAUUUUUACUCCCUCAGUUGAGGAGAAAGAAAUCCCUCAAGAUGAAGAAUUCUCUCAGAUCUCAGUCGGCGAACUAGAAGAUGACUGAAUUAUCGAAGAUGAUGAGUCAACUCUGAAUCAAUGAGAAUCCAAAGCAUUUGAAAUAUGAAAAGGGAAGGUUAACCAAAUCCAAAGGUUCAGACCCUCUACAGCUGUAGUGCGUGAGCCAAAGCCACGAGCACAGCAAAGUAAGAGAGAAAGACCUAUGACGUCUAAUAAGUACAAGAAAGCAUACGCUACCUUACUUGCAAAGACUAAAUGAAGUAGUGAAUUCGAAUUUAAAGACUUUAUGAAUGAUCCAGCUCCUAUGAGCAAGGAAUUGAAUGAAGAAGAUGAGAUCAUAAUGAUGAAAUCUGCCUAUAACUCACUUGUAUCUAUUCCUACUCAGCUGAAAUUCAGAAGUACCACUAAAGCAUCAUCCAUCAGGGAAAGAGCAAUGAGUGUUGUCAAGAAUCGAGUAUCUCAAGAAGAUGAGACCGGGCGAAGAGUUUCUAAAAUAAUCAAAUAAUGACCAACUUAGCAUAAAGAGAGAAAAUAAGAAAAUCCUUAAGGAAAUGAUCGAAAAAUGCAAUAUUGAUAAAGAAGACUUGUUCAAAAGGAAAAGAAAGCUGAAAUUCAAGAGAUAUGGUUUGUUCAAGAAGUUUAGACAAGAGUGUGGAUUUUAAAUACUUUGUGUGCAUUUCAUGACAAACAAUUUUCAAGCGUCAAGAUG